AUGCUGGAACACGUUGCGAUCAUCGACGAUUGUGACACCCUCGGUCGGAAGUUAGACGAUGAGAACGGUAUUCAUAAGGCCCUUGUUCCAGUGUAUAAAGAUCUCUUGAACUUUUACAUUGCCGCACUAGACAAAUUGACCAGCAAGGCUUUUGUGCUUGCACUAGUUUGUGACCAGCUCAGCCAGCGCCUGCCGACAAUUGUCUCAGACUUUGUCGACCACGCCGCUCUUCUGCUUGACAGGGUCGGGAACGCAACAUUGGAGCUUGUCACGGAUAUCAAGAAGCCGCUCCAAGACAAUAAGACCAGUGACGCUUGCGAAUGGAUACUGGCGGAUCCCAAGUUCAUUGAAUGGUACAAUGCUCCAAAUUCGGGCCAAUUGGUCGUUCUUGACCCCAUGGGUUGCGGCAAAACCGUCAUUACAGCACACGCUAUUGAGGAGCUGAUCCGCCGAAACGAACACAAAUCACCUCGUCCUGUUAUGUGCUACCACUACUGCGGAAAAGACGAAAGAGAAAAGGUACUCUACAUCUCCUCGAGCCUGCUCCUUCAAUUGCUCGAUCAGCAAGAAGGCCUCAAGGUCGAGUUCAACAGGUGGUACGACAGGACCAAGCAAUCAGAACACUUGGAUCCGGAACAGUGUUCCGCGGACCUGGGAAAGUUCUUGUCUGCUUGUGUCGAGAAUCUCGACAGAGAACUGUUUGUCGUCAUUGAUGCUCGGGACGAGUGUGACAGUGAUUCACGGGACGAGUUGAUCGUGGUGCUCGACAGCCUGUCAAACAAGAUGCAGAGACUGAAAGUCUUUCUCUCGUCCCGGCCUCAGAGAGGCAUCGAAGAAUCUCUACAGGGAGCCACACAUAUUCGCUGGAGUCCUAGUCGAGAGCGGGAUGCAAUCAUCGUAGGACACACUGUAAAGAGGUAUCUCAAGAAACUCCCUCCGGACAUUCAGUCCCUUGUGACCCAAAUGCUCUCCCAAUCGGCACAAGGGAGCGCAUUCUGGGUCAAACUUACGGUCCACCUUAUCCAGAAGCGCAAGAUCGAAGCCAUGGGUCCUAUGAAAAGGUUCUUGGCAGAUAGUCCUUCUCCAGCAGAGCUCUCGCAACUAUACGGCAAAUUGUUUGCUCACGCAACUGAAAACGAUGCUGCCAAUGCGCAAGUCGCCACGAGCGCACUGCAGGUUCUAGCAGUCGCUCGAAGACCCCUCAGCAUACUGGAAUUGAGUUGGGCUGUAGCAUUGAGCGAUCCUCGCGCAGACAUGCGGACCUUGGUGCAGCCCGAGGCCUGUGUGGACAAAAGGAGAGUGUUGAACCUGCUGCAGCCCUUCUUAUCCCAGGUUGACUUUGAGGACGACAGAAAACGACAGGUUAGACUUGUGCAUCAAUCCUUGAAGGAGCUGGUUCUGCGAGACGCUCCUUCUCAUUGA